AUGUCAGGCUCAGCGGAUCGCGAGGCGGUGUUUCCCACCAGACAAUCUCUGGGUUUGAUGAAAGGAAAACUUAAGGGAGCGGAACAAGGCCACAGUUUGCUCAAAAGAAAGAGUGAAGCGCUGACCAAGCGGUUUCGAGAGAUCACACGACGAAUCGAUGAUGCUAAACGGAAGAUGGGCCGGGUGAUGCAGAUUGCUGCCUUCUCCCUGGCCGAGGUGACGUAUGCCGUCGGCGGUGAUAUCGGCUUCCAGGUCCAGGAGUCCGCCAAACAAGCUCGCUUCCGAAUCAGAACGAAACAGGAGAAUGUUUCUGGUGUCUUGCUGCCUCAGUUUGAGAGCUUGACUACAGAUGGUAACAAUGAUUUCGGCUUAACAGGCCUUGGGAAGGGUGGACAGCAAGUUCAGCGAUGCCGGGAAACGUACGCAAGGGCUGUCGAGACACUGGUGGAGCUUGCAAGUCUACAGACUGCUUUUGUGAUUCUGGAUGAAGUCAUCAAAGUUGUGAAUAGACGAGGUAUUGAGCACGUUAUCAUACCUCGAACAGAGAACACAAUCAAAUAUAUCAACUCUGAGCUUGAUGAACUAGACCGUGAAGAAUUCUAUAGACUCAAAAAGGUUUCCAACAAGAAACAGAGGGACACGGCAGCUCUAGAUGCCGAGAUCAAGGCCAAACAACAGAAGCAAGGGACCAGAAGCAAAGAAGACGGAGCGGAGCCGACCGACAUACUGGCAGAUGCUGAUGAGGAUGUUAUAUUUUAG